AUGCCGCGAGUGGACACGCAGAUGGACGCUUCCAAGGCCCAGCUGGUGGAGAUCGGUGCCAAGGCCAUCGACUUCAAGGCCCGGUUUCGCUUCCGAAGUGCAGCUUCUGCUGCCAGCGCAGCAGCACAGCUGACGUCGCAGCCUGGCGAAGUCAACGACCGGCUGCGGGCCAUCUCAGAGGAAGCCCAGAAGUUGGAAGACGAGAUGGCCUACACGGCCACCGGGCGGCCCUUCCGCUACCGUAUGCGACUUGUCAACCUGGCAGGUGAUGCUGAGCGUGCGGGCCAGCUGAUGGAGACCCGGAUCCAGAACCUGCAAGAGGCCCUGAGGAUACUCAAAAAUGCUGGCGGAGAGUUUGUGGAUGUCACCGACGUGGAUGGAGAGCCCGGCGAGGGCGAGCAGGGAGACGUUGACGUUGAGGAGGAUGAGUCUACGCCACUUCUGCCAGAAGUCCAAAGUGAUGCUGUCGAAGUGGGGAUGCACGAGCACGGGACACCUCUUCCAGGUCAAGACCAUGGACAACAUCUCCAAGCACCUACGGGGAUGGCGCACGGCCAACCUGAGCAGGUCAUGCAGACAUCGCUGAUGGCCGGCCCUAGCAUGGGCAUGGGCAUGGGCAUGGGCGGGCCAGGCAUGGGUAUGGGGCAAUCGGGGAUGGCUGGGCAUGGACAUUGGCAUGGGUAUGCUGGCGACCCUAUGGAACAGGAAGCCCAACAGAUGGCGGUGGAGGAGCAAAUGGAAGAGGCCGAGACUACGGCGAUGUCGGGGGUGACUGCCACGAAGGCAGACGAAGAGGCCACUGCCAAAGACAUGGAAGAUGCCAUGGAGGACACCACUUGGUCUAUCGAUGUUCUUCCGGUUCCUCAGCCUUCCGACGUGGAACCUCAGGAUCCCGCCCCAGCUGGCGUUCCGCCAUUGCCUGUUGCUGAAACCUCCAGCGGGUGUCAGUGUGAUCCCACAGCAAAGUGCGCUCUCCAGGGCCAGCCAUUCACUUGGUGCAGGGUUGGCAGUGAACAGGAGCCCACAUGUGCGAAGCUAGAUGUGGCUGAUGACCCCACUGGCCGUGAUCAUGCCCUGGGCGUGCAGGGCGUUCCCCCGAUGCCGCUGAAGGAAGAGGAAGGCAGCGGGCAUGGUCAAGGUGGCCAACCUCAGGAGUGGGACCAGCAUGGUGAGGACCUCGGGCGAAGCCUUGACCAUAGUGGUGGGUACGAUCAGGGCUUCGGCGGCUAUGGUGCACCAGGCAUGACCACAUAUGACCCUCAUACAGGAGCCCAUUACGAUCAGCCAGGCUACGAUCAGCCAACAGAGCCAACUGAGGGUGAACACGGUGAAUCGGAAAAGGACACGGUGCCAGAACAAGAAUUGACCUCUCACUUGGGAUGCGAGUGUGCGCCACGCCCUGAUGUACUGCAGCGGUACAUGGACGACCCACUUUUCCACAACCUGGAGACCGGCGAAAUUGAUAUCGAGAAGAUCCCGUUCAAAGAUCGAAUAGCUGUCGAGGCCAUGCAGAACUAUAUGGAGAAUGGAGAGGACCUUUGUCAGCAGACUCCUCACAGUGGCGAAUUCCUCGUGUGUCCGGUUGCCAAAGGCUGUGCUGGUAGCAAUGUUUCUGGCCCAGGCGGAGCCCUGCCCAGUGGCUGGUUUGCUGGGGUCAGCGGCAAGAGCUGGGACUUCUGCGCGCCGGCAGCACAAGCAGGCGAACCCGAGGCGGAGGAAGUCGAGCAAGGUCCCUACGAUGAGACUGGCUAUGACCAGUUUGGUGGGUAUGACCAGACCGCGAUGCAGUACCAGAGCAUCCCGGAAGAUGCGAUCCUUCUGCUCUUGGUAGCAGUGGGCCGGAUGCGGAAAUCCAGGAAGAGUGCCAAAGUGAGCUCUUUCUUGUGA